AUGUCUGAUCCUACCGAGAAGACUACAAUGGAGCACAGGUCCCUCAAGGGCGCUGAGUCUGCCAUAGACUUACCUGCCGAGGAUUCUGAAGCUACCAGGAAGCUGCUGCGGAAAUGCGACCUCCAUUUGCUCCCCCCGCUAAUGGUUAUCUACUUUCUCUCCUUCAUGGACAGGACCAAUAUUGGCAAUGCAAAGAUCCAGGGAAUGACAGAGACUCUCCACAUGACUGGAAACGAUUACAACAUGGCUUUGUUUGUCUUUUUUAUCCCGUACAUCCUCUUCGAGGUCCCAUCGAAUAUAAUCAUCAAGAAAAUAUCUCCAUCUCUUUGGCUUGCUUCUAUCACUGUUCUAUGGGGCAUCUCUACGGUUGGCAUGGGGCUUGUCAAGAACGUGGAGGGACUCAUUGCCUGCCGAGUUCUGCUGGGAUUCUUUGAGGCCGGCAUCGUUCCAGGUUGUAUUUACUUGAUCGGCAUGUACUACAAGCGCUACGAGGUUCAGUGGCGCAUGUCACUCUUCUUCAGCGCUAGUAUCCUGGCAGGCGCCUUCUCUGGUCUCCUCGCAUUUGCUAUUGCUAAAAUGCAUGAUGUCGGAGGGCUUGAAGCCUGGCGUUGGAUCUUUAUCCUCGAAGGCCUCCUCACUGUUGUCGUCGGUGUUGCUGCAAAAUGGUGGAUUCCUGACUGGCCCGAAACGGCCAGCUUUCUCACUGAGGAAGAGAGAGCCAGACUCGUGGAGCGAUUGGCUGUUGAUUCCGGCGAUGCCAAGAUGGAUCACCUGAACAAGGCAGCUUGGAGAAGAAUCAUGUCUGAUUGGAAGAUCUACCUUGGUACGCUUGCAUACUUUGGCAUCUUGAACAACGGCUACGCUGGUUCGUUCUUUAUCCCCACCAUCCUUCGGGAGAUGGGUUAUGCCGCAGAGCGUGCCCAGGUUCUGACGAUCCCGGUAUACGUCGUCGCAACUAUCGGCUGCUUGUCCGCGGCAUACCUCGCGGAUCGCCUUCGUCACCGCUAUACCUUCACCAUAGUGGGUGCUCUGGUCACGACCGUUGGCUACGUCCUCCUUCUCUUGCAGCAGAACGUCCCGACCGCAGCACGAUACUUCUCCCUUUUCAUGCUGGUGACUGGCGGAUAUAUUACACAGCCUGUGCUUCUUGGCUGGUUGUCAAACACCAUGAGUGGCCAUUACAAGCGUUCAAUCUCGUCCGCUAUCCAGAUCGGAAUUGGUAACGUUGGAGGUAUCCUAGCUUCAAAUGUCUUUUUGGCUGAGGAAGCUCCUGAAUACUGGACGGGCUUGGGUGUUAGUCUCGGCAUGGUUUGGCUAUGCGGUAUCAGCUGCACUAUCUUUUAUUUCCUUGCUAUCCGAGAGAACAAGAAGAGAGACCGGGGUGAGCGGAAUCAUAGACUUCAAGAGUCUGAUGCGAUGAAUCUGGGUGAUGAUCACCCUCACUGGCGAUAUACUACUUAA